GUCCACGGGAAGCAAGCGGCGAUGGUCAAGUUCGGCAAGAAGCUGCUGCUCAACGUCAACCCCGAGUGGGAAGGGCAAUACCUCGAGUACCGCCAGCUCAAGAAGGACCUGAAGAAGCUCACGCUCCGCUCCAAGGACCCGAACGACCCGCUCUUCUCGCCCAAGUCGCAGGCCAAGAUCGCCGAGUUUGGCGAGGCCGAGACGCGCAAGGAGCUGCAGCAAGAGUUUGAGAAGAAGCUGGACGCGGAGAUUGAGAAGAUCGUGCUCUUCUUCCUUACGAAGCAAGGCGAGUUUGCGCAGCGGCUCGCGACGUACCGCCAAGCGCAGCAGUCGCUUCAGUAUGCGUCCGAGGCGCAGACCAUCGCGAGCCUCGCCGACGGGUACCGCAAGAUUGGCGAAGAGCUCGUGCAUUUGCUGCACUACGUCGAACUCAACGCGACGGGGCUUCGCAAGAUCCUCAAGAAGCACGACAAGAACAACAAGGCGCACAAGAUCACGGACAACUACAUUAGCACGCGCGUCGACGCCAACGUCUCGCACCUCCAGCAGCUCUACCACGACGAAGGUAUCUCGGCCAUCAUCGCGACGAUCCGCGUCGCGCUCAAGGACCUGCAGUCGCUCCAGGCCGACCUUGGUUUGCUGCCAUCGCCGCUCGCCGCGCCGACGCCGUCGUACAAGUCGUCGUCGACGACCCUCGUCAAGAUGGAGCGCUCGAUCAGUGAGACGGAGCCGAUUCUGAACAAGAUCUCGGUGGCGCGCCAGCGGUUGCAUCAAUCGACGCGGUAUGCUAAGGCGAUCGCCGCGCAGUCGCUGAUCUUCGACUCGGAUCUCUCAGAAGACGAAGAAGAGGUCGUGUACACAGCGUUCAAGGCCCAAAAGCCGUCCGAGAUCUCGCGCUGGCUCAACAUGAUGAGCACAUUCUUGUACAUGACCAACUACUACAUCGUCGCACCCACGGCCGGCGACUACGCCGAGCUGCUCGGCGGCUCGGCCGCGCUCAGCGGUAUCGUGGUCGGUAUGACGCCCGUCGCGUCGAUGGUCUCGGCCGUCGUCUACUCGUGGUGGGCCAACAAGUCGUUCAAGUCGCCGCUGCUCUUCUCGACCGGCUGCCUCAUCGUCGGCAACCUCCUCUACGCGCUCGCCUUGACCUACAACAGCUUUACGAUGGUGCUGCUCGGCCGUGUCCUCAACGGUCUCGGUGGCGCGCGCUCGAUCAACCGACGAUACAUUGCCGACAACUACUCGCGCGAAGAGCGCACGAUCGGGUCGGCCUUGUUUGUGACGUACUCUGCGCUGGGCAUGUCGGCCGGCCCCGCCACCGCCGCCGCCCUCGACUACCUCCCGGACAUGAAGAUCUUUGGCGCGCUCGUCACCAUCGUGACGUCGCCCGGCUGGCUCAUGUGCGCGGUCUGGACGAUCUACUUCUUUGGCGUCCUAUUCUUCUUUGUCGAACCGGACCGCUCGGCGCGCGACAAGCUCAUGCCGAACGCACGCGCUCGAUGGUGGCGCUUGAAUCCGGUCGCACCAACUCGGCCUCGGAGCACACGCCGCUGACGACGCGCGCGUCGAUGACGGCUGGCCCGUCGCUCGGAUCGCUCUGGAAGAACGUGCCGGUGGUCACGACGCUCUGCAUCUACGUCGUGCUCAAGCUCGUGCUCGAGAUCCUCAUCACGUCCGCGACCGGCAUCGUCGACUGGUACUUCCACUGGGGCUCCACCUCGGCCGGCAUCUUCCUCGCGUUCCUCGGCCUCCUCAUGUUCCCGUCCAACCUCCUCGUCGGCUGGCUCAGCUACCGGUACCUCGACGGCGAGCUCAUCUUGUACUCGGAGAUCCUCAUGCUCGUCGGCAUCAUUGGCAUCAUCGUCUGGGCCGCCACCUACACGGUGUACCAGUACAUCUUUGGCGCCGUCAUGAUCUACGUCUUCACGAACGUCCUCGAGGGCGUCAACAUGAGCCUCCUCUCCAAGACGAUCCCCAAGUCGUUUGCGCGCGGGACCUUCAACGCCGGUCUCCUCGCGACCGAAGCCGGUACGCUCGGCCGCGCGCUCGGCGACGGCGCCGUGAGUCUUGCCGGCUUGCAUGGCAUGGACCACCUCCUCAACGACACGUUCAUCCCGAUGGCGAUUGUGACGCUCAUCAUCAUCUUCCACACGAUCCGCGUCUACCCGCUCCUCGUCAAGAGCAGCUACUAAGAUGAAAGUACUUCU